AUGAUAGAAAGUAUGCAUUUACCUAUAGACUCUAAGUUAAUUUUUUUACUUUUUUUAUUUUUUUAAAAAAAUAAUUUUUUUACAGGAACUGUACGAGAAUAUUUCCUGGCGUUGCAUUCUGGAGGAGCUUGGAAUUUCUCAAUUAAAUUCUCAGGUAAUAUAAUGUUGAUAUAAAUACUAUUUGUUUUUUUAAAUUUUUUUUACAAAUUCAACAUGUUUAAAUUUAUCAUUUUUUUAAGCUAUAAAAUUUUUAAUGAAAUGGUUUUUUUAGAUAAAAACCGAAGGCAUGUCGAUUGGACUCGUAUGUGACGUAAAAUACUCUGGUCUGGAUCAUCGCUAUUUUAUAAAAUGCCAUCAACGUGGUCCACGACCAACCUCUUCGUCCAUAUCGAGUCGAUAUAAUAGUAUUAGUCGACCGUACAUCCAAGAGUUAUACGUCUAUAAGGUAUUCCAUUGAAUUACUCGAACAAAAAUAACAUUUUAUCACAUUUUUAGUUGCUAUCGUUGAUCCAAAUCUGCGGUGAAGUUCAUUUUCUAUUUCCACAAACUUCCGCCACAAAGAAGACAUUGUACAUUGGAACUCAGGAGAUCACAUUUACAACAGCGAAACAGUUGACUUUUCAAGAAGCGAAUCCUCGUGCUUUGAUAUUAGUGCACUUUCUUCAAUUUAUUUUGCGUCUGGAAGACAUUGGGACGAAUAGCGGGAACUACGGUCAAAACGAUGAAGGAGAACCCGUAAUCAUCGAUUUUUGGUAAUUUUUGUUUUGUUAAAAAUUCUAAAUGUUCUAUUUUAGGGUUACACCUAAAGAAGACUAUACACUUUCCGAUAAUCAGAUUGAGGAUUUUUGGGAAAAUCAGCAUGGCAGUAACUCCAGACUUAUCACCGAAGUAUUGACGAGAGUGCCAAAUGAGCAAAGAAGAAAAAUUAUACAUGAAGCAAUGGAAAAAUGGUUGCUAA